UGUUUGUGCAGCUUUCGGUGCGAAAAUAAAAGCAGGAAUCGGCGUUGAAAAGAGAAAUGUUGAUGCAAAGAAACAAUUAGCAUCAAGUCUACAAUCUACAGUAUAUAGAUGUUAUUUGUUGUUUUGAGAAUAACAACUAUAGAUUUGAAUACAAAGACAGAGUCCAGUCAGAGGAGAGGUAGGCGACCUUGUUCUUGGUUCCAGACACUCAGGCCACCAGCCCUCCUUCGUUCUACGAGCCUCGUUGUGCCCCUCGUCUCCUCGUGAAGAUGGCACCCUCCCUGGCCACAGCCUUCUCCAGGCGCUGGUGGAUGGCUGUGACAGCGGUCAUAGAGAACCUGCUGUUCUCUGCUGUGCUGCUGGGCUGGGGCUCCCUGCUCAUCAUGCUCAAGUCUGAAGGCUUCUACUCCUACCUCUGCAGAGAACCUGGUAACAGCACCAGUCAGAACCAGUCUGAGCCAGUCCAGGUUGGGGAUGCGGAGGGGAUCACCCAGAGCCCCGUGGUGGAGGAGGAGUACCUCCAGAUGAACGGCUGGCCCAUCUGUAAAGACCAGGAUGAGAUGCUGAACUUGGCCUUCACUGUGGGCUCCUUCCUCCUCAGUGCCAUCACCUUGCCCCUGGGCAUUGUCAUGGACAAGUAUGGCCCACGCAAGCUCCGGCUGCUCGGCAGCACCUGCUUUGCUUUCUCCUGUAUCCUGAUCGCUUAUGGAUCGAGCGACCCCAAGAAUUUGUCCAUCCUCAUAUUCUUUGCUCUGGCACUGAACGGGUUCGGAGGAAUGUGCAUGACCUUUACUUCCCUCACGCUUCCCAAUAUGUUUGGUGAUCUUCGUUCCACCUUCAUCGCUCUCAUGAUUGGAUCGUAUGCAUCCUCCGCUGUCACCUUCCCUGGGAUCAAGGUGAUCUAUGACCUAGGAGCCACCUUCAUCACUAUCCUGCUGGUGUGGGCUGCCUGUGCUGGCCUCGUCUUCAUCAACUGCUUCUUCAACUGGCCCCUGGAGCCCUUCCCUGGACCUGAGGAUAUGGACUACACUGUGAAGAUCAAGUUCAGCUGGCUGGGCUUUGACCAUAAGAUCACUGGAAAGCAGUUCUACCGCCAGGUGACCACGGUGGGGAGACGACUCAGCGUGGGGAACAGCAUGAAGCAAAACCCCAAGGAGCUGGCCCAACAGGAGGGCAACAAGCUGUGUCUCUCCACCGUUGACCUGGAGGUCCAGUGCAAGUCUCAGGAGGAAUCCCAGUCCUUCAUGAAGAGUAUCCUGAGUCCUAUCUUCAUGCUCAGCCUGAUCACCAUGUGUGUCACCCAGCUGAGACUCAUCUUCUACAUGGGAGCUAUGAACAACAUCCUGGAGUCGCUGUCCGACAGAGACUUGAACACAGUGAGUGUGUACACCUCCAUUUUCGGAGUGCUGCAGCUGCUCUGUCUGAUGACCGCCCCAGUGAUCGGGUACAUCAUGGACUGGAAACUCAAAGAGUGUGAGGAUGAGAACGCGAAGCCGGGCAAAAGAGAUCUUACCCAGCCCAAGCGUCGUGACAGACAGAUCCAGAAAAUCACCAAUGCCACACGGGCCUUCAUCUUCACCAACCUGCUACUGAUGGGCUUCGGGGUCACCUGCCUCGUCCCCAGCCUCCCUCUCCAGAUUCUAUCGUUUAUUCUGCACACCAUUGUGAGAGGAUUCAUCCACUCUGCGGUUGGAGGGCUCUAUGCUGCUGUGUACCCGUCGUCUCAGUUUGGCAGUCUGACAGGCAUGCAGUCCCUCAUCAGCGCCCUGUUUGCCCUGCUGCAGCAGCCCCUCUUCAUGGCCAUGAUGGGCCCCCUGAAGGGAGACCCCCUAUGGGUCAACGUGGGCCUGCUGGGGCUGACGGUGCUGGGCUUCUGCCUGCCUCUCUACCUGCUCUGCUACAGCCGCCAGCUCCAACGCCAGAAGCAGGAGCGCGAGGAGGACCCCAAGAUCUACGUCCAGAUCAACAACGGCAGCACGCCCGAGGCCUUCAUCUAGAGAGACAGACUGACGGACGGAGAUUUGUUUCAACAAUGAGAAGGAGGAACGGAGAGUGUGAGGAGGGGAGAGGUCACAGGUGUGACUGAACUGUAUGAUGAAAUCGCAAUCUCACCCACCAACUCCGGUCCCUCUACCGUCUGCACUUGCACUCAGACGAUACUUUCUCUCUCUCUCUCACCCCCCACACACACACACACACAACUCCCUUACAUUCCCCCUCACACACAGACACAGACAUACAUACAAACACAUACACACAAGCGCUCGACACACACACACACACACCACGCCGACUGCCAAACACACUCUGUCAAACCUACAGUAUAUGUUCACCAAUCUCAGACAACUACUAUGAUAAACGCACACACUUUUACACUCCUCAGAACAUCAUUGACUACAUAUACUGUGAAAGACACGCAACAACACACACGUUGUGAAACCUCUUCAACACACACGCGGUUUCUUUUCCAGGGACACACCACCAAAUGGACAGUGUUCAUCUUCUCACCACUGAAACUAGAAAGGACAAGCGCGGGUCUGUGAACUGAGGAGAAAGGAGAGAAGAAGAGGGAGGAGGAUCUCCACGACUUUCUCCUCCCUUCCAGUCUCCUCUUUGUUUCAGUGCUCUAUCAUUUUUAUCAUGACAUUUUUCUGUCAAUGAUGCCGUGCUCACUCCUGCCUGUCAGUGCAAAAAGAGGACACUGAUUCUCCAGUCACCCUGCGAAAAGAACUUUUCAAUGAUGCCAGUAACGACGACGAGUAUCGCCUCACUUUCAAAUUCUGAUCCAAGUUAGUCUCGCACCGUCUCGUGCUGCACUUGGGGUCUUCUACUUCACGCCCUGAAAACUGGUUUAAUGAUUAUGACGUUAUUGAAACGUUAUCUAAACGUUUAUUGGCGAUAGGCCUGUAUUUUUCUCUGUGGUUGUUACAUGUCAAUGCCUCUCUGUUGUCACAAGUAGUUUGGACUGGAGGUAGGAGUGAAAUAGGCGGUAUAGAAGUUCCAGUACGCCAAAUGGUGCUAAGAGUUCAUCCUGCCAUAACGUUCCCAUAACGUUCUGCAAUGUUGGGGAUAGUCAUCAUUGUAAAUGAAUUGGUAAGAAUGGAACCUCAUGCAACUUUUAGAAGCUAGUCGAUGUAACCAACCUUCUCAUCUAGCGAGUGUUCCUUCCAGUGUCUCAAAGACCAAACCUUGUGACUCUUGUCUUUUUAGUUCUGUUGUUGAGGAUAACAGAGGCGUGGAGUGUUAAAGCCACAGAGAAGCUGUCGUUUUAAGACUGUUCAAACAGCUCUAGGAGACUAGAAAGCGAAGGCAUGUUUUUUGUAACACUCAGCACUCUAGGUAAAAGCCCGAGGCAAUAGCUUUGCUUUGAGUCAAUUUGAGCUGAGAGCAAGUGAUUCGGCCAAUGGGUUUCCAGUGAGCAGUGUGCAGGCCAGCGUUUUACUUCUAGGGAAUACUAUGUGACUGUGCAAAGUGGCUGUGCUUCAAACAAAAGCAUGGCACAGGUUGAAACAAGCCUCUUACCGGUAAUAAUGUGCCACAACAACAUAAGGUACAGCACAACUGUAGAAAAAAAGGGUUCCUAAAGGGUUCUUUGGCUGUCCCCAUAAGAGAACCGUUUUUGGUUCCAGGUAGAAUCCUUUUGGACAUCUGAGUAACUGUUUUAGGUUCUAGAUAACACGUUUUUUCCCCCUAAGAGUGUAGGCUAGGUUAUCAAGACCACUGACUGGUCUUGUCUUGGCAGUCCGUUUUGUCGUGCAAAAUGAAUUUCUUAUUGAAUUGGUGUGUUUUUCUUUUUAUUUGUGAUGACCAGAUCUUGUUUUUGUCAGGAGACCUGGUUUUUAAAAAGUAAUAGUUUUAUCAACUGUAUUUUACCUGCAAAAUUAUACUGACAUGCUGUUCAAGCUUUUGUUCUGUUUCAAGACAAAUGUGAUUUAGUACAAAUGGUUUUACGAGAAAUGGUUUAAGAUAGGAGAUGUGUAGCUUAAGGUGAACUGUGGUUGCUAUGGGCCUAUACCUGCCACUGUUCUACAGUACCUGAAUUACAUUCUGAUUCGUUGUAGCAAUAAGUACUUAUGUGAGUUGCUGAGCAAUCCUCUACUCAUCCCGGCAACACAUAACUCUGUGAACACCACUGUUGUCCAACCACACACAUACACACACACAACGCAAGAAUGUGGAUUGAUAUAAUGUAAUGUUUAUUACAAAGGUGCUUCUCAAUGACAGGAACAUGGACUCAUAUUUUUCUUGAUGUACUGGUCAGAUAGUGACCAUCCUGCAUCUAUCAAUGGUCUCACUUACAAAGCCUCACUUUGUAGCGACAAAUUACUUGAAUUAUCGAAUUCCAACUUCAACUUUGAUUCACUUUUCAAAUCAAAAAAAGGGAGACGGAGAGAUGCUUGAAUAUGAUAUCUGAUUCUAAAUCCACACUCUUGCAGCUGUUGUGAAUGUUGUGAUCUUGGGACCCAGGUGGGGCGGGCAGGCAGGUCAUGAUAGGACAUUAUGUUCUUGAAUGAUCUGUUGCGGGUAACAGACACCGGAGAGAGAGAGCGUGACAACUUGAUUGAUGUAGCUCUACGUCCGCAGACGCAGUGUUUAGACUGGACGGGACACCUGCUUUUCCUCAGUCACUCACAGAAGCACUAACUAAGACAGCCAUGUAACCAGCAGAUUGCCUCUCUAUGUGUUCAGAUGAUUUGAGACGCGGAUACGAUACGGCAAGUCGGUGCCCCGCCCUCUCUCACCAUGACCCCGUCACAUUGAUCCAUCCAUGUUCAAAACCACUAUCCUGAACUGUUGCACUGACACACCUGGUUCUCCACUGCAGUCUCACCCAAACACAAACCACCCACCCAAGAGAUCCUUCACAUACUGGCGAUGGAACUGAGAGACAAUGCUAGAAUCCCCAAAAGCUUCAGGAAUGAAAUACGUGAGAACUGAAUGGCACAUGUGCACCUUAGUCCUCAUAUCAGGAUUUCAAUGCUAUUUCUCUGAAUGGCAUGCACUGAAAUAUAACAUAGACAGUGCACCUCUUGCUGGUUCUGCAUGUUAGCAUAGAAUGUAUUCCCAGUAGUUUUUAAAAAAUUAAUAAGAGUAAUGACAUCGGAACUGCAAGAAACUGUUAUUUUUGUUACUUUACCGCAGGUGGUCUUAGUCUCUCCUCUUGUAUGCACCAUCCAGUAGGUCCCUGUCCCUCAAUAUAGAAUGGCUCCUUGCUACUGACUGCUGUUUGGGCCUGUCUGUUUGGGUUUCUCGAUUUCAAGGAUCUACAGGUCUAGACAUCCUCACUUUGAACAUCACUCUACUUGUCGUUUACAUUAAUGUAUUUAGCGAAAAGAGAAAAAGCAUGUAUAGCCCUAUAGACUGGUUCUCGUGGCUUGAACAUGUGUCUAGAGAUUGCAGGUGGAUUCUGAUAAUGAUGCUAUACUGUACUCCAGCACAGUGAAUGUGGGGUUGGGAUGAUCUGCAUUCCCUCAGUAUGGGAGAAUCAGCACUAUUUACACUGCCAUACCUUAAAACUGUCAUUCUACUCAAAAUGCCAUCACCGUAGUUAUUUUCUAGAUGUGACAUACUUUUACUACUAUCCCCUUCCCUGGGAUAUAAAGUGUGAUUGAUUGACUGGCUAUUCUCUGAUGAUGAAAAACAAGCAGUGUUUAUUUUGGAUAGAGUGUUAUAAUGGUUUGUGUGUGACUUUUAGACAUUGAACGGGAGCUUCAGCUGAAACACCAAUGCUUUUCCCUGACUUGUACCUUGUUUUUUUCUCUCAAAUGUAUAUUUUGUUGUUUUACAUUCUCUUUUUUGGUGAUUGUUUCAAUAUUUCAUGUCUAUAUACUGUAUAUUGGAUCUCAGUUUUUGUUUUAUAUCACAUUAUAGCCAUUGUUGACAUUUUGAGUCAUUUUCUAAAUGAGAAGGAAAAACAAUCUAUAUAUGAAAAACAUAAACAGAUUAAUUUGUAAAAUAAAGUGUCCGUUUGUAAUUAUUUGA